AUGGAGACCAUUGACAUCAACCGUUUGAAGUCUGGCGAGGUCAACCUCGGUACCUCAAUCAUGGCUGUUCAAUUCAAAGACGGCGUAGUGGUCGGAGCAGACAGUCGAACUACCACCGGAAGCUACAUUGCCAACCGUGUUACAGACAAGCUUACGUAUGUCCACGACCGCAUCUACUGCUGUCGCUCUGGUUCCGCCGCAGAUACACAGGCCAUCGCAGACAUUGUGCACUACCAUUUACAAUCAUACAGACAAACACAAGGUGAAUCUCCGUCAGUGCAUGCAGCAGCAAGUAUCUUUGAGAAGCUCUGUUAUGAAAACAAGGACGCAUUAAGUGCUGGAAUUAUUGUGGGGGGCUGGGAUAAGGAGACAGGUCCGAGCGUAUACAACAUUCCACUCGGUGGAGGAUUGUUCAGGCAACCGUGGGCAAUCGGAGGGUCUGGAUCUACGUAUGUAUAUGGAUAUUGCGAUGCGACAUAUCAAGAAGGCUGGGGACGGGAUGAGACAGUAAACUUUGUCAAGAACACUCUUGCACUAGCGAUGUCAAGGGACGGUUCUUCUGGCGGUGUUAUCCGUAUGUGUGUUAUCACGGAGGAUGGUGUAGAAAGAUUGUUUGUUCCAGGGAAUGAGCUGCCAAAGUUCUGGGAAGGCAAAGAGCUUCUUGGCAUGCCAGCAAAGACGAAGGAAUUGACUGGGCCUGUACCAAUGGCUGUAGAGGCUUAG